GCGCAUCUUGCCCUUCUCAAGAUGGCGUUCCUGUUGUGACGCUUGACGCUGACGACGUCGCGCCUGUUCUCUCGACGCGCGGCCGCCGCCGCCUGGUUGGUGUCGGGCUCGCUUGCUCUUUGUCCUCCAUUAGCGCUUGGAUUCCAGGCUUCGGAUUGCACGGCGCAGGCCCGCUGUAGCGCAGCCGCUCUGAGUCUUUUUAAAUUAGGCCUCCUGCAAUGGAAGACCACGGUGUGAAUCAGGCUGAACAUAUGGCCACUAUUGAGGCCCAUGCUGUGGCUCAGCAAGUUCAACAAGUCCAUGUAGCAACUUACACAGAGCACAGCAUGUUAAGUGCAGAUGAGGAUUCUCCAUCAUCUCCUGAAGACAAUUCUUAUGAUGAUUCGGACAUUUUGAACUCCACUGCUACGGAUGAAGUUACUGCUCAUCUUGCUGCUGCAGGCCCAGUGGGAAUGGCUGCAGCUGCUGCUGUCGCAACUGGAAAGAAGAGGAAGCGACCACACAUCUUCGAAUCCAACCCCUCUAUCCGCAAGAGGCAGCAAACCCGCCUGUUGAGGAAACUACGUGCAACUUUAGAUGAAUAUACAACUAGAGUGGGACAACAAGCUAUUGUUCUGUGCAUCUCUCCAUCAAAACCUAAUGCACUGUUUAAGGUAUUUGGUGCCGCACCCCUGGAAAAUGUGGUGAGGAAAUACAAAAGCAUGAUUCUAGAAGACCUGGAAUCUGCUCUGGCAGAACAUGCACCUCCACCCCCUGAAAUCAGCUCAGAACUUCCUCCACUUACUAUUGAUGGGAUCCCUGUUUCCGUGGAUAAGAUGACACAGGCUCAACUGCGAGCAUUUAUCCCCGAAAUGUUAAAGUACUCAACAGGAAGAGGCAAACCAGGCUGGGGAAAAGAAAGCUGUAAGCCAAUCUGGUGGCCGGAUGAUAUUCCUUGGGCCAAUGUACGAAGCGAUGUUCGGACAGAAGAACAGAAACAGAGGGUCUCAUGGACACAAGCAUUAAGAACAAUUGUAAAAAAUUGUUACAAGCAACAUGGCCGGGAAGACCUAUUAUAUGCAUUUGAAGAUCAGCAAUCCCAACAGCAGGCUAUUGCAACUGCAGCUACACAUGGCAUUGCUCAUCUUGUCCCAUCGCAGACAGUGGUUCAGACUAUCAGUAACCCAGAUGGCACUGUUUCUUUAAUACAAUAUUCACAGGUUGGUACAGGAGCUACUGUGGCUACAUUAGCUGAUGCUUCAGAACUUCCGACAACAGUUACAGUAGCUCAGGUCAACUAUUCCACAGUAACUGAUGGGGAGGUUGAACAAAACUGGGCAACGCUCCAAGGGGGGGAAAUGACAAUUCAGACAACGCAAGCAUCAGAAGCCACUCAGGCCGUGGCUUCAUUAGCCGAGGCAGCAGUAGCAGCAUCCCAGGAGAUGCAGCAGGGAGCAACAGUAACUAUGGCACUCAACAGUGAAGCUGCCGCCCAUGCUGUAGCGACUCUUGCAGAGGCAACCCUACAAGGAGGAGGACAGAUUGUGCUUGCUGGAGAGACAGCUGCUGCUGUUGGAGCUCUCACAGGAGUUCAGGAUGCCAAUGGUCUUGUCCAGAUACCAGUGAGCAUGUAUCAGACUGUGGUCACCAGCCUAGCCCAGGGUAACAGACCUGUUCAGGUUGCUAUGGCACCAGUCACAACGAGAAUAGAGAACAGUGUGACAUUGGAUGGACAGGCAGUGGAGGUGGUGACUUUGGAACAGUGACCAUUGUCCUAAAGAUGAACAAUGUCUUUUUAUUCUCUUCCAAGAAGCUCCAAAAUAAACUGGUGCAAUCUGACAGAGCGCAGUAGUUUUGGACUGAGGGAUGUGGGACUUUGAAAGAGCAAAAUAAUUUAAAAAUGACACCAUCAUGCUUUGUGUAUAAACUGUUAUUAUUUUAUUGACAGUUGGUUCUUUUUCUUGAGUUGUUAAACAAUUAUGCUCAUCUGAAGUUUAUUUAUUUCUUGCAUUCAUUUCAGUCUUUAUGAAUUAAAAACUAGCCAAAUGAAGACAGUUCUGGUCAGAUAGGUUAAUAUAAAGACAUUCAAAUGCCUAAAUGUGUGAAAUAUUUUCUGUGCCCAUGGUGCAAACAUUAUGUCUUUAGAUACAUGCAAACCCAUACACUUGAGAAUUUCUCUGUGUAUAUGCUAUGCAUGCACACACAUGUAGUGUGCAUUUAAGAGACGGUGUGAGUGUAGGAAUUUCCCAAAAAGCAACGCCCCAGAAUAAUCAUAACAUAUUUUGCCAAUAAGAACGAGCAAGGCACAGCAGUAGCAUGUUCAGCACUAUUACAAGGUAAUAACAUUAUACACUUAGAUUAAAGGGAUGAGGCAACCUCUGGACAUGUUGUUAUUUUAUGAAGUUUAACAUGAUUUCUUGUUUUUAUAAAUUGAUAUAAACCAAAUCUAUGGUCAUUCUAGCAUGAACGUAAAUCUUCAAUGGUGCUUAGACAACUAUUUAUUUAUCUCUCAUUUUUAGUGUCCCAAUCACCUCUGGAAGUCAGUGACUCAGAACUUGCAAAUUCCAUUCAGGGAAAUGUUAGAUGGUUCUAUUCAUGAAGUCCUUGGAUUAUUUAACGUGUAUGGAAAUUAAUUUACUUGAUUCUCUGCACUGAUGAUUUAAAGUGAGUAGUUCUUCAUUGGUGUCCAGUAACAUCUUCCUCUCUUGUAAGAAUAAAAGUGGCUAUAAGCUGUUUUCUCUGGUCAUUCAAAUUUUUGUGUCUGGAUUUAUCAGUACGGUCAAAUAUUAAACAUAUAAGUUAUUGUAUGCUUUACCCAUACAGUAAUAUAAAAUGAUAAUGCAUUAUGUUUUAGUGAUUAAGCAUGUAAUUGCAUUUGGCCAUUUUGUCUUGAAUUGUUUCUUUAGGUGUUUUUAUUUUUACCAUGGAGAAUGUUUGUAUCAGACUGCCUUGGCCAUCCCUCUUAAAGCAAUGGGUCGUGUAUA